AUGCGUCUUAUCAAUGUGCAGACCUACAGAUUAGAAGAGUUCUUCAAUGAGCAAGUGCCUCCUUACGCUAUACUGUCACAUACAUGGGGGAAUGAUCAGGACGAAGUAUCAUUUCGAGACAUUACUGAGGGAAAUGCUGAGAGUGCCAGUGCCAACCAUUGGCCAAUCAAACUCGAGGGGUGUUGUAAACAGGCAGCAAAGGAUGGCCUUAAUUAUGUAUGGAUUGACACCUGUUGCAUUGAUAAAACCAACUCAGUGGAACUUGGCGAAGCCAUCAACUCCAUGUUUCGAUGGUAUAAGGAGGCUACAAAAUGUUAUGCUUAUCUUACCGAUGUCACUGUUGAAAGCGUUGAGGUCAAUAAUCUGCACAUGAAGUCUGAAUUCUCCACUAGCCGUUGGUUCCAAAGAGGUUGGACACUACAAGAACUCCUGGCACCUAGAGAGGUCUAUUUCUACAAUUCUACAUGGACCUUACUUGGUCAAAAAAGAAAUACAAAAAUGUCACGAGUGAUUGAGAAUAUUACCGGUAUAUCGCGUUUGUUUCUACUAGGAACAGCAUUGACGGAAGCCAGUAUCGCACAACGCAUGUCUUGGGCUUCAAGAAGGAUAACAAAAAGGAAGGAAGAUACCGCUUACUGUCUUCUUGGGAUUUUUGAUAUUAUGAUGCCAAUGAUCUACGGGGAGGGUGAUCGCGCAUUCAUCCGUCUACAAGAAGAACUUAUUAAAAAAACCAGAGAUGACUCAAUUUUUGCAUGGGGCCUGGGAUCCACGGAAUCUGCCCCCACUGAUUCUAAACAUAUAAUCUCCGCGGGAGUAUUUGCAACUUCUCCAGCCGAAUUUGUCAACAGCAGCCAUAUUCUAUCGGGAAAGCGCGAGAUCAAGUCUACGGCUGUAUUCAUUGUUGACGGCGGAUGUGUUCGAUCAAACCUCCCGCUUUAUAAAGACUCAGCUGGCCAGCUAUUCGGACUGCUUAAUUGUGGCCCCGGGUUAAAUGGCAGUGGUAGAAUGGUAGUGGGAAUGCCUCUUAGUGACAGCCUGUCUGGCGAAUAUAUUCGACCGGAAGGACGUUGUUCACAAAUACUUCCGGUGUCUGAAGCUGCCACCUCCGCCCCGCAAAUUUAUAUCAAGAUAGAGCGACAACAAAGGACCGUUCCAGGAUCCAGUUAUAGCAACUGGUUUGAGAUCGAGGACCCUAGUGAAGCCGGCUUAAAACUGAUUGAGGUAGAACCACAAGACUGCUGGUUGGAAGAAGAGUCUCGUAUUGCUAUAAGUAACGACCCUUCCGGAAACGCUGUACAGCAAUAUUGGAUACGAUUUCGUCCAGAAGAUGAAGGAUCUACUGACUUCCUUGUGCUACUUGCGCUAGAGAUACUGGGAUCACAGGUGAAGGCUCAGUGUCAUAUUAUGACAUCCUCUCAAUCUACUCCGCUGAAGGAUUUAGUUCAGUACUCUAGCAAUAUGAGACAAACAGCUUUUGGUAAGAGUAUUGCUAGUGAUUGCUCGCGGAGCAUCUAUGUAACUGUGGAGCAAGACACUACAGCCAGGCAAAUAUUUAUUGUUAAACUGGCUAAGACAACUACGUCGCCCAGUGUCACUGUGGAUGCAACAUUUGAGUUGGAACUACAGGCGGCAAAAUCUGAGCGGGAUAAGGCAGCAAAAGCAAAGGAAAAGCUUUAUCUGGAAAUAGAAGAAUUUAAUCAGCAACGAGGAACAGCAUAUACGCUGGAGUCCGUUGAAAAACGUUUAGCUGAGAUAAGAGAAGAGAAAGACCAGCUAGAGAAGAUUCAAAAAUGGUGGGUCGAAUUGUCCAAGAAUGGAUUAUCAAUUGAGAGAAAGUUUGAUGAUCUUGAAAAAACAGCAAUGGCAAAGGGAUAUGACCCAGUACUGACUGCAGAAAUCAGUAUUUCAAAUGGCGAGUUGGUGACGCGCAGCACACUGACGGGGCAUUCUUUUCAUGUUUGGAGUGUGGUGUUCUCCCCAGAUGGUAAAGUCCUGGCGUCCGCCUCCGCCGAUAAGACUGUCAGGCUCUGGGAGGUGGCCACCGGGGAGGCACGCA